AUGCCGUCCAAAGUUCCAUCACUGCCUCACCCGGAUCCGCUGACGUUAGAGCAGAUCUAUGACUGCCUUACUUCGCGCGAGAGCUCGCUAUCGGAGAAAGCCUAUCACCUCGUUGCUCUUCAUUCUGUUGCCUUCAACCCCACGGUAAAGCUUUUUCUAUUUGAGGAGCCUUCUUUAAACAUGGUAAAAAAUACUACUGAACGCGAAGGAGCUUCGACGACGGUGCAUUUUACACAUCGGCGGCGGGAGCGUUUACUCCAAAGCGUUGCUGCCUUUCUCGCGCAGCGAAAUAACGCGAUUUGUGAGGAAUGCCAAUGGGAAACGGUCUCCCUGCUUGGUGAGCUUUGCCGAAUGGAAAUAAUUAAUAAUCAUAGUGGUGGUGGAGCUUUACUGCCCUCCGUAGCGUUAAAACUGAAUGCGUACGCCAAGAUGAAUUUGGAGUAUCUUGUGCUGCUGCCGUGGUUCAUUCCGGCGGUUCACUCGAUCAUGGGAAGCGAUGCCGUGGCCAAAUUUGAGGCCGAGGAGGCCCGUCAAGAGCGAAAAGAUAAUAACGAUAAGGAAAAGGAUGCAAAUCCUUUUAGGGAUGAAAAGGGCCUCGCCGGUAGUCAAAGCGUUCUAACCACCACUACGACAACCUCUUCCUCUACGGGAUUAACGAACACGCAUGGUGAGCUUAAAAGACGUCUACAUGAAAGGCAAAAAUUCAAGCAGCUGUCGAAAACAUCCGAAAACAACGCACCUCAGUCGGUAGUGGAUCCAGACGUGGUGAUCGUUCUGCAGGAUAUUCUUUGUGCGCUUCCUAAGGUUUGCACCUCCAACACCGAAAAUACUAACAAGAAUACUACUACGAUUAUUACGGAAAAAGAAGGAAGUGAAGGAACUUUUAGUUCGGUCUUAUCUUCAUCGGAGGGGAAUGGCGGGCAAAGCCCUCAGCCUAUAUUUAAAUGGACGAAGCGCAACUACCGCAAUGCUGAAAGCAUGGUAUGGGGUAAGAAUGCCGGCUGUGUGCUGUUUGAUGAGAACUGCGUUAUUAACGGUGUGUCGCAGGUGCCGGCGAUGUUCUGUGACCGUAAAAUUCCUUCAAACAGUAAGUACAAGUGCACAUCAGACCGGAUGGGUAUUGGAGACUGCUUAAUGACCUAUUAUAAAAACUUGCCAUCAUAUUUGCAGUACUUCCCCGAUACGACAAUGGGUAGCUUUGAAAACUUUAUGGAUUACUGCCCAUAUAUAAAGGCAUAUUCAAACACUAUGUGUUUAAAUGGGGAUACAAGAAUACUGCCCGGUUCUGUGUUUUCAGAAUCUGCGCGAUGUUUUUCAGCCGUCCCAAACACUCCCCUCAGAAUAAACUAUCGCCAAAAUAUGCACUCUAUCUGCGCAGACGUGCAAUGCUAUAGGGCCACCUCUAAGUACCGGGUGCGCGUGAAGGGCGCCAGUGAUUUCGUGGACUGCCCACCCGGAAUUACCCUUGUGGUUACGAAGUACAGUACAGAAUUUAUGUCUGGCGGAAUUGAGUGUGCACCAUAUGAGGAGGUGUGCCAUGAAAACCGUAACCCUGAAAAUCAUAAUGAUGAUUCAGAUCAUGAAGGUAAUCAAGAAAGUGUCGACCUAACCAAUAACGUAACCCAUGACGUAAACAAUCACAAAAGCAGUGAAGAACGUGGUUACCAAAACAAUGAUGUUACUAAUUACGAAAACAAAAACGUUGAUAACAUCGAAAGCAGCAGUGCUACAUCUGGUACGAUUAAGGUCGCGUAUUACUUGACUUACACGCUUGUAGCGAUUUUGUCAGCUAUGAUUGGUCUUUUGAUUUAUACCUGGCGCUAG